AUGACGACUCCGUCAAGUGCCGCGGCACCCCGCCGGGGAUCUACUUCCCGGCGCCGCGCCGCCGCGCGUGGACGCGGUCCUGCGGCCGAAGAUGACACAGAGCAGGUGCGCGCCCUGCGCGCCAAAUACCCGACGCAGCUGGCUAUGCUCUCGGAGCUGUUCCCCACGUGGUCCGACGAGGACCUCUUGUUUGUGCUCCAAGAGUCAGGCGGCGAGGUCGAGCUCGCCGUCGGCCGCAUCAGCGAGGGCCACGCCGAGCAGUUCGCGUCGGUCAAGUCCAAAAAGACACAGAGGAAGGAGGCCGCCGCCGCGCACGCCGCUGCUGUGCCGGCCGGCCCGGCGCCGNACGAGCGCACGGCAGGCGCGGCGGCCCCCCUGACGCCGGGCGUGGGCGCGGUGCCUCCGGCGCAGGCGCCGCAGCCAGCGGCGCCAGAGCCCCAGGCGGGCAUGCAGCAGCCGUUCCCGAACGUGAUGCCCUACUACUACCCCUACUACAUGCCGAGCCAGUUCCAGCACUUUUCGCCGGCCGCGGGCUUUGGGCAGUACCCGCUGUACGGCGGCCAGCCGCAGCCGCCGCCGCCGUCCAAGCCGGACGCGGCGGCGGGCCUGCAGGCGUAUGCGCACGACACGGCGAGCACGCCGUACAGCACUCACACGCCGCCCCAGGCGUACCAGCCGACGCCAGGCGCUGCGAUGCCGGCGUACGAGUCGCAGGGCUUCGCGCAGCGCCUCGGCGCGGGUGCGGGCGCGGGCGGCGCGGCGGGUGCGGCGGACUUCAAGCUCGCCGGCUCGGACGCGAGUCUCGGCUUCCUGGGCGCGGGUCCGCCGCCCGGCGUGCCGGCCGUGCCAGGCCGCGCGUCGGCGAGCGCGGCGCCGCACGUGUCGAGUCCUCUCGACUACCGCUCGCUCGAGGCGGGCAAGGGCGCGUCGGCUCGGCCGGCGGGCGCGUCGGGGGCGGGCGCUGUGCCGCCGCCGGGUGGUGUGCCGACGCCGCAGGGCCAGCAGGCGCCCAUGGCGCAGCAGCACCCCGCGUACUACCAGCAGUACGCGGGCUUCAACCAGGCCACGGCGUACGACGGCUAUUCGUACCGCCAGCCCUACUGGGGCUGA